AUGGUAUUCAAAAUCAAAAAUUACAGUCCUAUCGUGUUCACAUCUCUCUUCGCUAUGGCAGUUGGCAUCGUCACCUACCCAGAAGGGUUUGGGAGAUACAUCGCUGGCCAGUUCACAUUCCGCGAGACCUUAGCCGAUUUUCUUGCCAACUGCACAUUUUCGUUGACAAAUGUUAGCAGUCAUGGCUGCCCCGCGGAGAUGAUCGCGCACUGGACUGGUGGAAUUUCAGGAGAAUUCCACCCACUGCUCACAUUAUUCUGCUAUUUGCUUGUAUAUUAUUUGCUUAUCGCAAUUAGUGUCACUCUGUAUAUUCCUGCGGGUAUCUUCGUUCCAUGCUUUGUUAUUGGAGCGUGUGCUGGUCGAAUUGCCGGUGAGGUGUUGAUCAUGUACUGGCCAGACGGGUUCCGUGGUCCUGAUGGACCUCAAAUUUAUCCGGGUCUUUAUGCUGUAGUUGUAUUUAAUGAGCAACUGCUGAGACUUCAUAUAGCUCUUAUGAUUGGCAAUGCCAUCUGCAGUUUCCUCCAGCCGUCCAUCUACGAAAGCAUCAUCAGCAUUCAAGGAUAUCCAUACCUGGCGGAUUUGCCACCGAGUCGUGUCAGUGUUCACACAAUGAAAGUAGAGAAGGUCAUGGUGAAGGACAUUGUUUUCAUAACACGCGAUACAACGUACAUGGAACUACGAGAGAUUCUUCUGGAAACACCUAAUCUUCGCUCAUAUCCCUUCGUCACUGAUAAGAGAUCAAUGACUCUGCUGGGGAGCGUGGCUCGGAAAUACCUGUGCUAUCUUCUUGUCAAACACCUUGGGCCCGAUCCAGGCAUCCAGCUGCACAAACGGAAAAGUAGAACGGCAUCCGAACUGUUUAACACAAUCGGACAAUUCAGGAGAGGAUCCAACGUCAAUUUCAAUGCAAUCAACAACGGUACAAGUCCACAAGGCUUCCUUACGGAUCGAAAUAUCAGCGGCAAUACGUUAUUGGCACAUUCGCCACUUCAUGAUAAUCAAGGAGAGCGAGGACCGCUUGCCUCACUGUUAUAUAGCCAAACUGAGAACAGUGAGGUGCCCGUGCAUUCGUUGGCAAAACGUGCUGAGAUUUUGGCAUCAAAACUCCACCUGGACGAUGUGGCCAUAGAUCCGGCACCAUUCCAACUCGUCAAAGGCACAUCGCUAUAUAAGGUUCACACGCUGUUCUCGUUGUUGGCUCUGAAUCACGCCUACGUCACAGAAAAAGGCCGACUUGUCGGUGUUGUUGCUCUUAAAGAGCUCCGCGAAGCCCUCUCGAACAUCUACUCACGUGGUGCAGUGCCGAUUCGCCCACGUGUACGGACGAUGUCGUCGUUCCGAGUCGCUGGAGCUCCGGAUGUUCCCGAUAAUGUGGCAGCAGAUGACGCACCUCCUCAGAUCACAUUUAAUCUCCGCGAAGCCCUCUCGAACAUCUACUCACGUGGUGCAGUGCCGAUUCGCCCACGUGUACGGACGAUGUCGUCGUUCCGAGUCGCUGGAGCUCCGGAUGUUCCCGAUAAUGUGGCAGCAGAUGACGCACCUCCUCAGAUCACAUUUAAUGUACCUUCCAGCAGUUCGUCUAGCCAUACUUCGGCUGCCUGA